CUCAGAUUUGAGAACUACUAAUCGCCCAUUCCGCAGCUCUCCGGUCACGUCGUCUUCUUUUUCCAACAUAUUCCAAUUUUCCGCCACCGUCGUCUCAAUUUAUAACUGUGGCGUUGCAGCUGGCCAUGAUUCGCUGCCGCCUCGCUGCUGUCCUUCACCGAUCAUGAUUCUGUCAUUCUCUCCCGCGCGCCGAUAUCGAGUCGCCGUCGUUCGGUAGCAAUUAUUUUGAUUCGACUCGUCGACGAACUUCCUAGAAACAGAAGGCCAUUCUGGUCCUCGUCGAUUGAAUCGAUAGCUUAGGGUUUUAACUGCCCCCCCUGGAAUUCCAUUCCUAGAGGUGCGAUUCGUGGAAUCGGAGCUUCGAGAGCCUUGUUUCUCUUUUAAUUGAAGUUUUGCUUGAAAAUGUCGAGUGGGCAAGUGACGAAGCGGGUGAAGUACAAGACCUCGGUCAAGGACGCUGGAACUCCUGGCCGUCUUUCACUGGUGAAAGAAAGGUUGGUGUUCAGGCCAAAUAAUCCGAACUCAGCAUCAAAGCUUGACAUGCAGUUCAAAUACAUUACAAAUCACAGGUACACCAAGGAGGGGUCAAAUAAAGCACCGAUGCUCAAUCUCACCUCAAAUCAGGGUGCGAGUUAUAUAUUCGAGUUUGAGAGUUAUGAAGAUCUCCAUAUCUGCAGGGAUUUCGUGGGCAGAGCUCUUGCACCGCCAGCAGAAACUCCAAAUCUUGGAGCUAAUUCGCAAAUUCAUUCAGAACAACCCAGCAGAGAUGAUUUGCUCUUCCGUGCAAGGCUGCUGCAAAACAAUAGUGAAUUGCAGAAACUUCAUCAACAGUUUGUGGGUGGUGGUGUGCUGACAGAAGCAGAAUUCUGGGCUACAAGGAAGAAAUUGCUGGAGAAGGACGCCAACAGAAAGGCAAAACAACGAGGUGGUCUUAAAAGUUCCGUGCUGGCAGAGUCAAAGCCUUUUAUCGACGGUCGGACCAACAGAGUUACAUUUAACUUGACCCCAGAGAUAGUUCGUGAGAUUUUUUCAGAAAAACCUGCAGUUCACCGGGCUUACUUGAAUUUUGUUCCCAGUAAGAUGGCAGAUAAGGAUUUCUGGACCAAAUAUUGCAGAGCAGAGUAUCUCCAGCGCUCAAAGAAUAUUGCAGCUGCAAUAGCGGAGGCUGCUGAAGAUGAGGAGCUUGCCAUUUUCUUGAAGCCUGAUGAUAUUUUGGCCAAUGAAACUCGCAGGAAGAUCAGACGCGUUGAUCCAACUCUAGACAUGGAAACUGACCAAGGUGAUGAUUAUUCACAUCUUCCUGAUCACGGAAUUUUUCGUGAUGGUAGCAAGGAAGUACCUGAAUCAGGGAAUGAACUCUACCAAAGGACUUUGCUGCAGGACCUCAACAGGCAUGCAGCUGUUGUUCUUCAGGGAACUCCCAUAGAUGAAGAGCAGCUGAAAGACACACAAACCGUAGCAGAGGCACUUGAACGAUCAAAACAAGAGCGUAGCACUGCUAGCAAAGAUGACGACUCAUCAGCAGAUCAGGAGAGAUUAAAGGGAAUAUCUCAAGCGAUGACAAUUGACGAUCUUCGAGGGUCAGAUGAUCACCACCUCGCGCCGCUUUGGAUUAAGGACCCUAGAGAUUAUUUCGAUUCACGUCAAGCCAGCUCAGUGAAAACUUCUAUAGAAGCAACAAAGGGAACCAUGACCAGCCACGAAUCAUAUGGUUUGUUGAGGGAAUCCAUCUCUCAAAUUAAAUCCAUGGGAUUGAAUCACCCCGUAGUUGCAUCAGAAGUAGCCCAGAAGGUUCUCUCUGUGUUGACCCACAACAUCUCAAGCACAAAGUAUAAUCUCGGUAAGAAACCUGGAGAAAGUCUGUUGGACAGCCUACCAACCUCAGUUAGAGACGAGCUUCUACAUCAUCAUAUUUCAAUUGAAGAGUUGAUGAAGCAUUUUUGGUCUUCGUAUCCAAUCACGAACAAGUAUCUCAAUACCAAGGUAACCAAACUAAAGGAUGAAAUGUCGAAAAUGGAUUCUCAACUACAGAAGUUGAAGGAAGCUGUACAGCCAGACAUCCGGCAUCAAAUUACACUUCUGAUUCGUCCGAUGCAGCAGGCGCUGGAGGCAGCAAUGCAGCACUACGAUGCCGAGCAGCAGAAGAGAGCUUCAAAAGCUCGAGAAAAGCCGAAUGGAUAUUCUUGAGAGGAGAAAUCUUCUAACAUUGUACGUCGGUUGGAAUCGAAAUUUUGUCGAGACGAGUUAGUUUCUUUAUAGAUGAGAGAUGACGAGCUUACGUUGCCAUUCUUUGUACAAAAAGUUUUAAAGAAAGACAAUGUAGCUACUCGUUGGUGAUUUACUCUUACAAGUCACCCAUUAACUAUGCUCUUAUGAAAUGUGACACGAGUGAGGUUGAAAGGCCAACUGGUUACAUAUCUUCCCCAUAGAUAAUCCAGAGCGUAAUGCAGAAUGUUUACAGCACAUUAGGUAACCACAUGUAGCGACGAUAGUUAAUUGAUUUGUUGACGUAAAAAAUCAUUUUACGCUGCUAAAUGAACAGCUCUGUUAAAUUUCCUACGAAUAGAGUGCACUCAAUUAGCUUGUAGUGUAAGCUUUAAAUCAGUAUCCUGUGGUGCCAUAUGUUGAUCUAUCAACCAAAUGUUUAAAAGUAAAUUGCGAUAAUCAAC